AUGAACCCCGCCGACGGCUUUGUUGUGGCCGAGCAGAGUUUCAGCCCCUGGGAAGAGACCAAAAAUGACUCUCCUCGGCGACAGCCACCGUUGACCCAAUGGUCUGAUGUGACAUUCCUUACCUGGGCACGGUUUGCUCAAAACCCGAAGGAGCUCAUAAACCUCAAGUAUUUCUUCCGAAAUCACAUUAUAAAUGACGACACGAAAAAUAUUAUCAACGAAGCUCUCAGACGAACCGGCCAGAGUCUAUCUGAGUGGCCAGGGGUCGAGUUUUCAAUGACUUCAGACGAAGGGAAAGCGAUUCUGGGGACACCCAACGGAGGCGGAGUAGCUUGGUUUAUUGUCGAUCACAAAAAAGAACUUGGAGUGAAGACUGUGGAAUCGGUAACGGUCUUCAAAACGCCUGGCAAAGAUGCGAAAGGGAAUUAUGAAGACUGGUAUCAGGCUAUGUUUACAAUCGUGCCGGGCACGGGCAAGAAGAAGGGCAAGGGCAAGGGCAAGGGCAAGGGCAAGGGCAAGGGCAAUGGCAAGAGAGAUAGUUCCGGGUUAGAUGAGGGUCUCUGGGAGUAUCAGAGCUGA